ACAUAAAUUCAAGUGAUUUUAGUUUACUAUGUAUAUACCUAAGUAAAUAGAAAAAACAGUUCAUAUGCAUUCACUUUACAAGCAAUCAAACAGCCUUAAAGUAUUUACUUUACACAGCAUUCACUUUGCAAUCAACCAAACAAACCCUUAGUCUUCGUAAAUAGACCUAAAAAUUUUGAGUUUGGCAGGUGAUAUUAAAAUUCUUCUUUUUGUUUUGUACACUCAAUUCUGAAUUUCUGUAACUUCAUAUUGACAGUAUUCUGAUUAACUUGGAAAAGAUCACUAAACCUAUAAUUCUUCUGAACUUACAAUGCAAAAUUGAAUGAAAUAGACUUACCAACCUUGUUCAUCCUAUUUAAUGUAUGAAUCUCUAGGCUUUUUUUCCUUCCCUUGAUAUUCUCUUUCUUUCUCUUAUUAUUCCUCUACUGAUACCUAACCCGACUACUCCCUCUCACACAAAGGAGACCCGCUCCACUUCUCAGCUGCUGCACGUCGAUAUCCCUCUCGUUUCCUGCACUUCUCCCCAGCCUCAUCUCCCUUCCCUGUUCGAACAGCCCCCCAGUAACCCUCGUAACUCCUGCGCAACCCGAUCUCCAGCUGACUACCCGACCCUCUGCCCGUUUUCACUCUCAGCGAGACCCAGCGCCCCCUUCUUCUCCCGCUAGCGCGGCCAUCCAAGAUUCCCACCUCCCAGCUCCUCAACCUACUCCCACCCCAGCGCCAAAGCUCCCCAGCUGCCUCUCUUCUUCUAUAAGAAAAUUAUUGAAGAAUUGAAGCAAUUUUACUUCUCCAUAAGUUUCUCUCUUAAAAAAAAAAAAAGGAAGAAUUAAACAAUAGAGAACCUAUGGGUCUGUGGGAUAUUUUUGUUACUGCAUCUGUGCCUGUUCUGAACGUGCUGUUGCUGACUGCUGUUGGAUCAAUUUAUGCAACAAGCCGUGUUGGCAUUCUUGGCCAAGACACAAGGAAGCUUUUGAACAAUGUUGUGUUUUAUAUAUUCAACCCAGCUCUGGUAGCAAGCAACUUAUCCAGUACCUUCUCACUGGAGAGCAUGAUUUUACUGUGGUUUAUGCCGGUCAAUUUGGUCCUGAAUUCUCUAGUAGGUUCUGCACUUGGAUGGAUCCUUAUUCAAAUUACAAAAGCACCCAAGCGAUUGAGAGCUGUCAUUUUGGCAUCUUGCUCAGUUGGAAAUGUUGGAAAUUUGUUUCUUGUCCUAGUCCCAGCAAUGUGCAAGGAGAAGUCAAGCCCCCUGCACAAUCCAGGUGUUUGUGAAACAUAUGCUAUGGCAUAUGCUUCUCUUUCUAUGGCGAUUGGCACAAUUUUGCAAUGGUCAUAUGUCUAUAAUAUUGUGAGAAUAUCAUCGAGCUACAAGGAACACAAAGAAAAUGAUUAUAGUAUAGAUGGGGACCAUCCCAAUAAUAGUGGAAGGCUUUCUAUGAAAAUUUACACAGGUGAGAUUGCAUCAACAAAUAAGGGAAUGGUGCUUGGUUGCUCAUCAAUUGAAGAUCCACCGGUUCUUGAAGAAUAUGAUCAAUCUAUGAAUAAGACAAAGAUUAUUCUAUCAAGUAAGAUAAACGGACUGUUACGCAAGCUUUCAAGGGUCGUUGAUAUAAAGAAGUUGUUUGCUCCUUCAACAAUCGGUGUGAUUGUUGGUUUUAUAGUUGGAGCAACUCCCCAAAUUAAAAAAGCAAUGGUUGGUGAAAAUGCUCCUCUUCGCAUGGUUCAAGAUUCACUCACAUUAUUAGGCAAUGGUACCAUCCCAAGUCUCAUACUCAUUACAGGAGGAAAUCUAAUCAAAGGUUUCAACGGUCCGGGCAUCAAAAUCUCCAUCAUCAUCGGCGUCAUCGCCGUUCGAUUCGUCGCCUUGCCGGUCAUCGGCACCAUCUUCAUUCACUGUGCAGUUCAUUUUGGCUUGGUACAUUCAGAUCCAUUGUAUCAUCUGGUUUUAUACCUACAAAAUGCUGUUCCACCUGCAAUGAAUAUUGCUUCUAUGAUACAAAUGUUUGAUGCUGGUGAAGGGGAACUAUCUGUCAUUUUUCUUUGGUCAUAUGUUGCAGCUUCAGGAGGGCUUACACUCUGGUCUAUGUUAUUUUUAUGGCUUGUUUCAUAAAUAUUUAAUUAUUUCUUGUGAUUCAGAGAUUUGCAUGUAUAAAUUCUUUGGUCCUUAGUUUUGAAUUUGAAUGUGAAGUAAA